AUGAUGAUUCGAUUAUUUUUGGCUCUAUCAGCAUUCAUUCUAAUUAUGGGUGGUUGUUUACUCUAUGAGUUUAUCACUUAUAUGGAAGCUAGAAAAACAGAUUAUGGAUAUAUUCGUAGUCAAUGUAAAGUUCUCUCAACAUCUAUUAAUCAAACAGAAUGUAUUCAACAAUCUAGUAGAUCGACGUAUUCGUAUUCUUGUUAUAAAGAAGUGACCUCGGUUGAAUACAAAACAUUAGAUAACGAUAUUCAACAAGGUAUUGUUUAUUCCAGUAAUGGAUACAAUCAUCCAAAUAUUCCAUUAACACCCAUUGGUACAGUUGCGACUUGUUAUUAUUCCGAAACAAGCAAUGGAAUUCUAGAAUGGGAAAAAUCAAAAUUAAAACGACGCUAUCGAAAAAUGAUGGUGAGAGCCGUUCCAUUGGUAUUAGGAGUAUUUGCAUUAAUUGCAGUACUCAUCGGUCGACUCACUCGAGAUAAUGACUUGUAA